UCAAGGUCCGCUCCAUGUUGAUUCUAGAGGAAUCUGGUCUCGCCAGGAUGUCAGGUCCGGCCUCUCAGACUGCUUUGCACACCUCUGCUUCCCGUCCACCGGCCUCCGUUGACUCCUCUCAGCAGCGCCCCACCUACCGCAGCGAUCAGGGCCACUCCAACCAUCGUUAUGGGUCAGGGCAAAAUCGCAAUUAUCAGGGUGGUUCUGGUAAACCUAGGAAGAAAGGUGGCUCCCGUUAUCCUGGAUCAUCUGGCUCCUCUGGUUCCUCUGCUGCAUCUCCUCCACCCUGGCGCCCACCACCGCAGGCAUCCUGGAAUCCAUGGGGUUGGGCUCCUCCCCCUGGUUGGGCUCCUUCCCCUUGGGGCAUGCCUCCUUGUCCUUACCCCACAUCUCAGUGGUCGCGUCCCAUGGGUGUUCCGCAGCAACCCGGCGUUUUAGGUCCGCGUCCUCAGGCCUACACCGCUACUGCUUCUCCAGCACCCACUGAUAUCGUUGCUGCCAUGCACACCAUGUCCUUGACUCCUCCAGACACCACGUGGUACAUGGACACUGGCGCCUCGUCCCAUACUGCGGCAUCUCAAGACGGGGAUGCCUCUCCUGAGAUGUAACAGCCUCGGCGACCUCUACCCAGUCACUCGUUCCUCUCCCUUUGCUGGUCUUGCUUCUAGUGUCUGGCACAAUCGACUUGGUCAUCCAGCUUCCUCAGCUUUAAACCAUCUUAGGAAUAAUAAACUUAUUUUUUGUGAACCUUCGCGUUCUAGUUCUGUUUGUGACUCUUGUGUUUUAGGCAAACAUGUCCGGUUGCCUUUUAGUUCAUCUGCAACUAUUACUUUGAGACCAUUUGAUAUUUUGCAUAGUGAUUUAUGGACGUCUCCUGUUUUAAGUACUGCUGGUCAUCGUUAUUACGUUUUGUUUUUGGAUGAUCACACUGAUUUUUUAUGGACGUUUCCGAUUAGCAAGAA